GAAUUAAGAUAUAUGUUCAUAUCUCACCUAUAAAGAUAACAAAGUACUCGCGACAAGCAAAACAUUGGCCGGCAAAGCAAGGAUUUAAAAUUCUUCAGUGAAAAAAAAAACGGCAACAACGGUACAAAAUGUCGUUAAAAAGCUAUAAGUACGCCGAAGGAGACUUCAAAGUUACUGAAGAGAUGAAAAACGAUUUUAAAGAAGAAGGUUUCGUCAUAAUCAAGGGUCUGCUGUCCGCCGAGGAACUAAAACAUAUUGAAAAUGCACUAGUGGUUGGCAAGUUUUCGGAUCAUGCGUAUGGGGUACCUGACGGUGAUGGUAGAGAAGCUCACAUGAUUCUAUGGAAUCACCCAGGUGUGGACGUGACAGGAAUGGUUGGUAGAUGUGAGAAGGUCGUUGGCACAUGCGAACAGCUUUUAGACGGAGAAGUUUACCACUAUCAUACCAAACUGAUGGCAAAGCCUGCAAAGAUUGGUGGGAAACACGUGUGGCAUCAGGACUAUGGGUAUUGGUAUCAGAAUGGAAAUCUAUUCCCAAAUAUGAUGACAGUAUUUAUGGCCGUGGACAAAUGUACAAAGGAAAAUGGUUGUCUACAGAUAUUAAGAGGUUCCAAUAAAUGUGGGAGAAUAGAGCACGUGCAAGUUUCAGGACAAGUGGGUGCGGAUAUGGAGCGAGUUGAUGAGCUAGCUAAAGUUUUACCACUAGAGUAUGUGGAGUUGGAACCAGGUGACGCCUUAUUCUUCCACUGCAAUCUACUCCACUGCAGUGCUCCUAACCUUAGUGCCAACAGACGCUGGGCAUUUCUUUGUGCAUACAACAGAGCGGACAAUAAUCCGAUAAAGGAACACCAUCAUCCAAGAUUCACACCAUUAAAGAAGGUUCCUAAUUCAGCUAUUUUAGAAUGUCAAGAUUUUACGACCAUGGACGGAAAAUGGUUUAUUGACCCGGAUAUUGAGAAACGUCCAGGCCGUAAACUUGCUCACAAACAAUAAAGAUGAUGAUGUUUAAAUGACUUAUGGCUGUGGCUUACUGAAGAAGAUAACGCCGAAAUAUGAACAAUGUUUUUUUUUGGCUUCACACAACAUCUAUCAUUUAAAAUAGAAAAAAGUUGAGAUAUGCAUAUCCGGACGCGUGAAAAAUAUAUUUGUUCCAAAAAUAUAUCACAAUUAAUGAAUUUCCAAAUUCUAUACACACUGAGUGUACAUCUGUAAUUUAUUUAACGCAAGAAGUAUUUGUUGCAAUAUUUAACAAAAGACGUUGUAAAAUGUGUCCUAAUAAAAUUGAUUCUUCCUGAAAUAAUAGUGAUUACGUUUCAAGUUGUUUGAAACAUCUUAUAAGAAAGGAGUUAUCUUGUUUGUUACAAAAUCAAGUUGUUUGAAACAUCUUAUAAGAAAGGAGUUAUCUUGUUUGUUACAAAAGUACACUCACGGUGUUAGUACAUGUAUAUUAAAGAAAGAGACGCGCGGGGUAACGCCAAUUCCCCGUGCGGCUUUGGGAACAUACUGGCUAUAAAU